AUGUCCGUGCCUGCCAGGCUGCUCGCUCUCCGGCGCAGCGUCGGCUCCCACCCCCUGCUGCUGUUGUCGGGCGUAGUUUCCCUCUUUCCCCGGCCUCGCCUCCUUUCUGCUCGUCUGCAGCUCGCCUUCCCUCCCUCCCCUCCCGCCCCCUGGCACCGCGCUCCACCUCCUCCGGGGCGCCCGGCCGCGUCCGGAGCGUGGCUAAUCCCCGGCGGCCGCACACUGUCCUGCGAGGCGACGAGCAGAGCGCGGGAGGCGGUACAGGCAGCGCGGGGCGCAGCAGCGGCCGGCGGCCCCCGGGCUCGCGCGCGUUGCCAAGCGGCCGUUUCCGUAGCAACCCCGCCCGGGGAUGGAGGACCAGGCAGGGAGGGGGGCCGGGAAGCAAAAGAGAUAGAUCAAAAAGAGGGAAAGAGGGGGACAGGGAAGCUAGGGGCGACGGGGGCUAAGCCGAGGUCUGGUUCGGCUUGGCAGCACCAGCGAGAGAGCUGUGCGUGCUGCUCGGCUGGGAAGUCAGGGCAAGGGGGCCUGGCCUGCCCUCUGGUGCGUUCAGCUCCGGGGCCUCCCAGGGCCCCGACUUUAAAGUGCUCAAGUUGGGGUCGGCGCCAUCAUGACGCCCGAGACUGUGAGGGCUCGUCUUUUCACCCUCCUUUGGAGGUGGGCAGGGACAGUGGUGGCGCUGCUGCUUUGCGGGAACAGUAGAGCUAUCUGGGCCUGACGGCUGAGAGCUAGCGCGUCUGUGGGUCGCCUUUGCGGACUGGAAGACGCCUGCCCUUCUAGUGCGUCUUGGUACUAACUUGUGCGUGAGUGUGUGUGCGCGUGUGCUGUUAGCACAGAGUGUGCGCGUGUCAGAGGGAGAUGGAGUGUGCAGGGCGCGUGCGAGACCAGGGCGCGCGCAGCACGCAGGCGCGCUGGGAGGGAUGGGCGGGCCUUGCUGGGAUGCGGAGUUAGAGGAGGCUGCAAUCAAGUGUUUUAAUUGUGUGGAGCUAGGCGGUCCUGUUAUGUAAGAGGCAGUUUAACCCAUCUGAGCCUGUUGGGUAGAAGGCUCGUACAUUCGGAUGGAGUCAAGACAUUCCUCGGCUUUAAGGAUUCCCAGUUGUAUUUUCUUCACAAUCUCCCAGCUGGAGUGGACCCGCAUCCUUUGAGAGGCGACCUCAGCUCCCCAAGCCGCAGCCCCGCAUCUGCUAGCCCACGCCCAGGUCAGGGUAGAGCAGGGUCCGUGGCAUGAGUCACCCCACAGUCCACUCAUUUUGUUUAUUUUUUAAUUUUUAAUUUUCUUCCCUCCUG